AACGAGACAAGAAAUCGAAGCACAAAUCCAAGCAGAGUGCAGAUUAGAUGCAAGAGGGGUCAUCUCUUGCUUGACAGUGUAUGCACAGCUGAGGCAUCAUCAUUAGUGCCACACUCAUCCAAAUAUGCAUCUACUGCGACCAUGGUUGCUGAACUUACUCUUCAAAGCUUGUUUUGUAUCACGAAAAUAUUCCUCAGUAUGGAAGUGACAGAAAACAGUGGGCAUCUAGCAGCUUGAAAGAGCUCUUGAAAUGCAAUUGAUUUAGGAGCAUCGCUGACCAGGGAAGUUGAGAAAUUACAUAAACUACUUUGUGUAUUUUGUGUUCAUCUGGUGGUGUAAAUCAGCAGGUCGAGACAGUCAUGUAUGCGAUAAUUACUGUUGUGAAAGUUGGUAUGAUGGUAACCUACAAUAUUGGAACAGGCCUUGUGGUUGCUCGUAGGGAAGACAGCUCAUGGUCUCCACCUUCUGCAAUUUCUUCAUGUGGAAUAGGGUGGGGAGCACAGGCUGGAGGAGAAUUGACAGACUUCGUUAUAGUGUUGAGAUCAACUGAGGCUGUGAAGACAUUUGAUGGUACUGCUCAUUUUUCAGUUGGGGCUGGUUUGAGUGCAGCAGUUUGUGCCAUUGGAAGGGCUGCUGAAGCUGAUGUACGAGUGGGGGAUGGUGGCUGUGCUGCUUGUUAUACGUACAGCUGCAGUAAAGUGUUUUGUUUCCCAAUGCAGAAAACAAGUCUUUGGAGAGUCAAGUGGAGUAGCAGACAUACUUACAAUGAGCCCUGUCUUUGCUGACAACUCAGAAAGUGAAGUGGAUGCAGACACCGAGGAAGCGAGACUUAGUAAUUGAAAUGUAAACAUUGCCGAUACUAUAAAGGUAAGGAGCACAAAGUUGGGAGAAAAUGCUCCAGUAGUUGCUGUAGAAGGUUUGAAAGAUCACGAGGAUCAUCCUGCAGAGCAAACUGCGGAAUUCAAGAAAGCACAACUUAAUUUUUAAACAAG